ACAGGAAGAGACAGAGACAAUGUGCAUUAAGUGGAAACCACAAGGACACCCACCAAGACACAUCUCUAUAAAAGGGUCUGCUUGCACCCUUAGACAAGAGGUGACAUUUCCUGCCGACAUGAUGUACGCUGUCCUUUUUCUUGUUCUGACAUGUCUAGGACAAAGUGCACGUGGAAGUGAAAUCAUCAAUGGGCGCAAUGCAGAGAAGAACACAAUGAUGUACAUGGCAUCUGUGCAGAAUAAAAUCCGUCAUCACAUUUGCGGGGGGUUCCUUGUGGCUGAACAGUUUGUGCUCACCGCUGCACACUGUUAUGCCUUGAAUCCGACAAGUGUUGUUCUUGGCACUCACAAUCUCAAGGCUGUGAAAGAUCGAGAAAUGAGAUAUCAAGUAACGACAUGCAAACACCCAAAUUUUAAAAAUGUCUUGAAGGGGUUUGACAUCAUGCUCCUGAAAUUGUCUAGGAAGGUUCACUUGGUUAAACCAAUUCAACUUCCAAAACGUAAAGUGCAGCUUAAAGACAAACAGCAGUGCCACGUAGCUGGAUGGGGUUACAGUAAAACCGGAGGCACCGUUGUUGAUAAUCUACAAGUGGUGGAUGUGUCCAUCAUUAACAAAAAGGAGUGUCAGAAGGCAUGGAGGAAAGUCGAAAGAGAUAUAAGGCUUCCAAGUAGCAUUAUCUGCGCAGGUGCAUAUCGCACAAAAAAAGGAUUCUGUCAGGGUGAUUCUGGUGGCCCACUGGUGUGUGAUGGAAUUCCAGUUGGUGUUGUGUCAGCCAACAGGAGAGGAAUCUGUGAUUACCCAGAUGUUCCCAACAUCUACACAAACCUCACCAAAUUCCUCCAAUGGAUCAACAAAGUUAUCAAGAAUAACGGCUGUUGAAUAAGUCAUCUGUACAUCAUUUCGUUCAGUUUACAUUUCUAUGUCUGAAGUAUUUUCUGAGUCCAAGUUACUCUGUCUACAUUUACUCCUGAACCUGAAUGCA